AUGCCCCCCAACGAAGAACACAAACCCUUUGAAGAGAUGCACAGGGAGGCAACUAUCAUACUCCCUAAAUCUCGAGACCUUGACUCCACUGAGAAAAUCGAGUCCAUUAAUGCCACCCGGGACGAAUGGAAGCCUACGUUUAAUCGUCGCCAGAGCUGGAGUAGCCAGGAUCAGAAGCAUCAGCUACAAGAACGGUUGCUCGGGUCCGAGCAGGGAAAGGAGAUGGGGUUUACGGAGGCUCAUAGUGGGUAUUAA